CAAGUGUGAGACGUCAACCGGACAGGUGAAACCAAAAAUAUAAAGUUAAUUUAAAGACAUCGACGAAUCACAGGGGCUAAAACGAUUGGGUGACCGAGUAUCAGCAAGAGGAGGCGGAAGGAUGGCAACGCUCUUGAUGACUUUAACAGCUGCUCUUCUGAUGGGUCUUCACCACAGCGCUGGCUCUCCCACCGAGGUUCAUCAAUUUUUUCCAAUUCCUGACACAGCAGUGGUGGAGACAGAGGAAAUAGCACCGUCCCCCGGUGAGCUGGACGAUCUGGCCAGCUUCCUGACCGAGCUGCUGAUAGAGGACCCCUGGGAGUACGUGGGAGAUCCCCUGGUCUACAUCGGUGGAGAAGUGGAGGAGGAACCGGAGGAAGGCACGGUGGCCAUGCCCUGGAAGAGAUCCCGCUACUACCGGCGGUACCCCUGGAAACGGCAGAACGGCAGGUAUAACGAUCCCGACGGCUACAUCUGCAAUCCUUCCAGGGACGAUGUCUUCCAGCUGCUGGUGGCGCUCCACGAGGCUAAGAACGGCAAGGAACGGACCGUACACUUCUGCAACCGUCGGCGACCCGCGCGCGCUAUUUUCACCAACAUUCGAUUCCUGGGCCGCAGAAAGUAACUGGCGUGGACUCUCUCAUCUAAGUGUUGAAAUCGGACUCUCACUGUGUGUUGUUGAUAUCUGUUGAAAAUUGUCAAUAAAUAUACAUUCGGUGUUCCGCAUUCUAAUGUUGCAUCUGUUUUUAAAUAUAUUG